AUGGAGGUGACUCUUCCCGAGUGCCAUGCGAAGAGAGUGCUCCGAGGAGACACCUCCCCUUUGGCAAUCUCGGACGGUCACUUUGUAGUCUACUUGUUGCAUUCCCCGUGGGGACUGAGCUGCUACUCGGACUGGGGAGAAAGGGCAAAAAGCUGUGCCGCCAGGCGCCCCGUUGGGUGCGGGGAAUUCGGAUUGGGGCCGAAAACUUGA